AUGUGGGCUCCACUCCUUCUAGGAAUGCUGGCCCUAUGGCCAGCCACCGCAGAAGGCCUUCCCAACUACCUGGUGACAUUACCAGCCCAGCUUAACUUCCCCUCCACGCAGAAGGUUUGUUUGGACCUCAGCCCUGGGUACUGCGAUGUCAAAUUUACUAUUACUCUGGAGACCCAAGACAAGACCCAGAAGUUACUAGAACACUCUGGAAUGAAGAAGAGGCACUUACACUGCCUCUCUUUCUCGGUACCACCUCCCGCGGGUAGCACAGAAGUGGCCACAAUCCGAGUGUCAGCAAUUGGGAAAAAUGUCAACUUUGAGGAGAUGAAAAAGGUUUUAAUCCAGAGGCAAGGGACUGGCACUUUUGUACAGACCGACAAACCUGUCUACACCCCCGGACAGGAAGUGCGCUUUCGUAUUGUCACUCUGGACAGCAACUUUGUUCCAGUAAAUGACAAGUACUCCAUGGUGGAACUCCAGGAUCCAAAUAGCAACCGGAUUGCACAGUGGCUGGAAGUGGUGCCCGAACAAGGCAUUGCAGACCUGUCCUUUCAGCUGGCACCAGAGGCAACGCAGGGCACCUAUACGGUGGCAGUGGCUGACGGCAAGACCUUUGGCACGUUCAGCGUGGAGGAGUAUGUGCUGCCUAAGUUUAAGAUGGAAGUGGUGGAACCCAAGCAGUUGUCAACAGUGGAGGAAUCUUUCUUAGUAAAAAUUUGUUGUAGGUACACCUAUGGGAAGCCCAUGCUGGGGGCCGUGCAGGUGUCGGUGUGUCAGAAGGCGUACACCUACUGGUACAGAGAGGCAGAUCAACAGCUCCCUGACAAGUGCAGGAACCUCUCUGGGCAGACUGACAAGACAGGGUGCUUCUCAGCCCCUGUGGACAUGUCCACCUUCAACCUCACUGGGUACAUGUACAGCAACAGCAUCAAUAUUGUGGCUACAGUGGUCGAGGAAGGGACAGGCGUGGAGGCCAACACUACUCAGGAUGUCAUCAUUUCUUCACAAAUGGGAUCGAUGACCUUCGAAGAUACCAAUAAUUUUUAUUACCCCAACUUCCCCUUCAGUGGGAAGAUAAGAGUUAGGGGCCAUGACGGCUCCGUCCUCAAGAAUCACCGGGUGUUUCUGGUGAUUCACGGCGUAAAUGGAGCCACCAACCAGACCCUCACUACCGACAGCGAUGGUCUAGCCCUCUUCAAGCUCGAAACUGUAGAUUGGAACGGGACGGACGUGUCCUUGGAGGGAAAGUUCCAGAUGGAAGAUGUGGUAUACGACCCAGAACAAGUGCCUCGUUACUACCAGAAUGCCUACCUGCACCUGCAGCCCUUUUACAACACGACCCGCAGCUUCCUUGGCAUUCGCCGGCUGGACAGCCAGCUGCAGUGCGGCCAGCCCCAGGAGGUGCUGGUGGAUUAUCACAUCGACCCCGCUGAUGCGAGCCCUGACCAAGGAAUCGACUUCUCUUACUACUUAAUAGGGAAAGGGGGUCUGGAGACAGAGGGGCAGAAACACCUGGACACUAAGAAGACAGGACCAAAAGGCACCUUCUCUCUUUUCCUCCCGUCCAGACUAGCCCCGGAUCCGUCUCUGCUGAUCUAUGCCAUCUUUCCCAGUGGCGGCGUCGUCGCUGACAAAGUUCAGUUCUCGGUGGAGAUGUGCUUUGACAAUCAGGUUUCCAUUGGCUUCUCACCUUCACAGCAGCUUCCAGGAGCAGAUGUGGAACUACAGCUACAGGCAGCUCCGGGGUCCCUGUGUGCAGUCAGGGCUGUGGACGAGAGCGUCUUGCUACUUAGGCCGGAGAGAGAGCUGAGCAAUAGCUCUGUCUACGGGAUGUUUCCAUUCUGGUACGGUAGCUACCCCUAUCAGGUGGCCGAAUAUGACGAGUGCCCAGGGUCUGGACGGUGGGACUUUCCUCAGCCUCUCAUCGAUCCGGUGCCAGAGGGACGUUCGAGCAGGCACUCUGCCAUCUGGAGUCCCUGGUGGUUCUCUCGGGACACGGACCCUCUCAGUUUUUUUCAGGACGUGGGUCUGAAAGUACUGUCCAAUGCCAAGAUCAAGAAACCAGUAGACUGCAGCCGCCCGUCUCCAGAGGGUGCCAGACUAAUGGGGAAAGGUGAGUGUCCUCCGUGGGCCUUUGGAUCAUCAUCUUCAUCGCAUCAGCCAGAGAAUUCUCAGAUCCGCCAGUACUUCCCGGAGACCUGGCUCUGGAAUCUGUUUCCUAUCGGGAACUCGGGGAAGGAGGCGGUCCCCGUCACCGUUCCUGACACCAUCACGGAGUGGAAGGCGAUGACUUUCUGCACCUCUCCGUCCAGAGGCUUCGGUCUCUCGCCCACCGUUGGACUCACUGCCUUCAAGCCGUUCUUUGUGGGCCUGACUCUCCCUUACUCGGUAGUUCGUGGUGAAUCCUUUCGUCUGACCGCCACCAUCUUCAACUACCUCAAGGACUGCAUCCGGGUUCAGACUAUCCUGGCUAAAUCCGAUGAGUACCACGUGGCCUCAGGGGCAGGUGCGCAGGCCUCCAGCUGCCUGUGUGCCGAUGAAGCAAAGACCUAUCACUGGAACAUCACGGCUGUCAGACUGGGUCAUGUUAACUUCACUGUUAGUACUAAGAUUCUUGACAGCAAUGAACUCUGUGGGGGCCGGAAGGGGUUUGUUCCUAAAAAGGGCCUGAGCGAUACACUCAUCAAACCAGUUCUUGUCAAGCCUGAGGGCGUCCUCGUGGAGAAGACACACAGCUCCUUGCUGUGCCCAGGAGGAAAGGCGGCUUCAGAGUCCAUCUCCCUGGAGCUCCCCGUGGGUGUUGUUCCUGACUCCACCAAGGCUUACGUUUCUGUUCUGGGCGACAUUAUGGGCACAGCCCUGCAGAACCUGGACAGCCUGGUGCAGAUGCCCAGUGGCUGCGGGGAGCAGAACAUGGUCAUGUUUGCCCCCAUCAUCUACGUCUUGCAGUACCUGGAGAAAGCAGGGCUGGUGACGGAGGAGAUCAGGUCUCGGGCAGUGGGGUUCCUGGAGAUAGGGUACCAGAGGGAGCUGACCUACAAGCACAGCAAUGGCUCGUACAGUGCGUUUGGGGAACAGGAUGGAAAUGGAAACACCUGGCUGACAGCCUUUGUCACAAAGUGCUUUGGCCAAGCUCAGAAAUUCAUCUUCAUUGAUGACAAGAACAUCCGGGAUGCUCUCAGCUGGCUAGCCAGCAACCAGCUCCCGAGCGGCUCCUAUGCCAACGUGGGACAGCUCCUACACACGGCUAUGAAGGGUGGGGUUGAUGAUGAAGUCUCCUUGUCAGCUUACAUCACGGCUGCGUUGCUGGAGAUGGGGAAAACCACAGAGGACCCAAUGGUGAAUCGAGGUCUGCAGUAUCUCAAGAUCUCGGUCCCCUCCACCUCUGCCCUCUACACGCAGGCCUUACUAGCUUAUACCUUCUCCCUGGCUGGAGAAACGGACAUCAGAAACCUUCUUCUUGGAAAGUUAGAUCAACAGGCUGUUGUCUCAGGAGAAUCCAUUCACUGGAGCCAGACACCUACUGAACCAUCCAAUGCCAGUCCUUGGUCUGAACCUAAGGCUCUGGACGUGGAAAUCACAGCAUAUGUAUUGCUGGCUCUGCUUACCAAGCCGACGCUGACUCAAAAGGAAAUAGCCCAGGCCACAAGCAUAGUGGCUUGGUUGGCCAAGCAACGCAAUGCCUAUGGCGGCUUCUCUUCCACUCAGGACACUGUGGUUGCUCUCCAAGCCCUUGCCAAAUACGCCACGACUGCCUACGUGCCGUCGGAGAGGGUCAGUCUGGCUGUCAGAUCCACUGAGGGUUUCCAGCACACGUUCAGUGUACAGUCUGCCAACAGGCUGGUGCUUCAGCAGCAGACCCUGCCUGACGUCCCUGGAACCUACACCCUGGAGGCCUCCGGCCAGGGCUGUGUCUAUGCACAGGUAGUGCUGAGAUACAAUAUCCUCCCUCCUAAAACUGUGGACACCUUCAGCCUUAGUGUGGAGAUGGGAAAAGCUACAUGUGGGCAACUCACUUCACCUCGAUCCUUGAAGCUCACUUUCCACAUCAGCUACGUGGGCAGUCGCAGCUCUUCCAACAUGGCUAUUGUGGAAGUGAAGAUGCUGUCUGGGUUCAGUCCCGUGGAGGGCACCAGUCAAUUCCUUCUCCAGCAACCACUGGUGAAGAAGGUUGAGUCUGGAGGUGACACACUCAACAUCUACCUGGAGGAGCUCAGUAAGAACACUCAGACCUACACUGUUACCGUCAGCCAGAGUGUGUUGGUCACCAACCUGAAACCAGCAACCAUCAGGGUCUAUGACUACUAUCUACCAGAUGAACAGGCAACUCUUCAGUAUUCUGAUCCCUGUGAAUAA